GCCCUCCAACUGAUCUCUAUUUAUUAUUUCCUGCCAUGACUGCUGUGCAUGACCAGGACGCUGUCAACCUGAUGCGCACUCGGGUGGUGCUGCACAAGGAUAGAGUAGCCCAUCCUUCCUCAAUGGACUUCCCCCAUACUUUCCCGAACGAGGAUUUGUCUUGGGACCUAACGAAAUUCAAGGAGAACUUUCGGAUAGUUAUAGGCUUCAUUGGAAAGAACGACAUGGAGUUUGAUAUGAUCGGCGUAGACGCCGCAAUUGCAAACGCUUUCCGUCGUAUCUUGAUUGGCGAAGUACCGACGAUGGCCAUCGAGAAAGUUUACAUCAUGAACAACACGUCUAUAAUGCACGACGAGAUCCUCGCACAGCGAUUGGGUUUGAUUCCCAUUAAGGCUGAUCCGCGGUUAUUCGAUUUCCGUCGAGGAGCGGACGAUCCCCCGACUGAUCUCAAUACGGUCGUACUGAAGCUGAAAAUCCAAUGUUCCAAAAAUCCCAACGCACCACCGAUGGCAGCACUUCCCAGCGAUAAAUUCAUAAACUCAAGUGUGCUAUCCUCUCACUUACAAUGGGAUCCGCAAGGAGAGCAGGCAGAGAAGUUUAAAAAUGAUCCGAUACGUCCGGUUAUAGAUGACAUCUUGAUUACGAAGCUACGGCCGGGACAGGAAAUCGAUAUGGAGCUGCACUGUCAAAAGGGAAUUGGAAAGGAACAUGCAAAGUGGUCGCCCGUUGCUACGGCUUCAUACCGUCUCCUGCCAGACAUUCAGAUCCUAGAGCCCAUAACGGGGGACUCAGCUUACAAAUUCCAAAAAUGCUUCCCUAAAGGCGUUGUAGAGGUCGAGCAGAACGAUAGUGGGGAGCCAGAGGCUAAAGUAGUCAAUCCGCGAAAAGAUACUGUUAGCCGAGAGGUGCUGCGUCAUGCUGAAUUUGAAAAGAAAGUGCGAUUAACUCGUGUUCGUGAUCACUUCAUCUUCAGCAUCGAGUCCACCGGUAUAUUACCGCCACAAGUACUGUUCGUUGAAGCAGCACAGAUUUUGAUCAACAAAUGCAAAGUGGUGAAAGCGGCACUACAUAGCUCUGGUGCCUAUUUUUUGUAAAUAUAUGUAAUGAGCAAGGAUCUUUUAUUGCAUGACUAGGAUAGAAUAAGCAAAGAGUACAACAUUGCAUUGAGAUCUUCAGCAGCUAUCCUUUGCCAUUGUCUGCCAAGGUCAUCAUUUCGUUACAUGGGAUGAACGUGGUGUCGGAUGACUUUAAAAGGCUGUAUGGAAG